CCAGUCCCAGCACCUCCCACUUGAAAGUAGAGCAGCUGUCUGUGUCACCAGCACUGCAGCCUCCUGGGCAGAAGUGCUCAGCGAGCCCCUAACAUCUCCGAGAAUAAACGCUGAAGCCAGUGGCUGUGUGGACCUGAAUCAUAAGGAAGCCUGUCGGAGCAGGGGGAGUGACUUCCCAGGACUGGCAAGCGGGCUAUAUAAGCUCCAGAGGGUUGGACGCCGCUCAGAUCUCCCACCAGUGCCUUUGGAGCAGCUCUCCCAUAGCACCCACCAUGUCCCAGGCUGGCCCUCAGGAAGCCCCCAUCAAGAAGAAGCGCCCCCCCGUGAAGGAGGAGGACCUGAAGGGGGCCCGGGGGAACCUGGCCAAGGACCAGGCGAUCAAGUCCAAGACCUACCAGGUCAUGCGGGAGUGUGAGCAAGCUGGCGCGGCUGCCCCAUCAGUGUUCAGCCGCUCCCGGACUGGCACUGAGACCGUCUUUGAGAAGCCCAAAGCUGGACCCGCCAAGAGUGUCUUCGGCUGAGAGGAGCACACCAGUCCCCCGGCACUGCCAGCACCUGAACACAGGAGUCUCCCCAAGAUCUUGUUUAUGCCAGAACUCACUCGCUCCCCAGCUGCCUCUGGGACUGCCACCCCUCCCCCACAGCCCUGGCCCCUGGGCCCAGGGACUCCCACCAGCAUCUGCAAAACACCAAUAAAGAAGAUGCCUAAGUGGGCAUCAGCA